CCAACUGAAAAAACAUGUCCCAAAUCUUUGGAUUCACCUCCCCAGAAGAAUUACCACGACUGCGAGGUCUCUGGAUUUUGUAUCCUGCGACUCUUGGCCAGCCCUAAUGAGCACUCUUUGGACCCCGAAUUGCGAGCUCAUGACAAUCUGGCUCAAUUUCCACGCCUUACUGACCCUAAAGGGCAGUCAUGCCCAGGCAGCCCUGAAGGCGACUGAUGAUGCAAAUAGCAGUUUGAACUGGAUUGCAACAGUCUGUCAGUCCUUCUACCAAGACCUACCUUGGUCUCUUAUCUGUCCCUUGAUAAGAGCUCCGGAUUUGUGAAUCGACCCGUCCGCGUCCCUCCCACGUGUCUAAGUCCAUUUCUCGCGCCCUUCAGUGGCAUUUUUCUUCGGGUAUGGCGAGGUUCUUGGCCGUGAGUGACGAGAAUGUGCAGAAUAUCGCUGACAUGUGCCACCAACACGUCCAUCUUUUACCGCUGGAGCUUAUGACUAGUCUCAAACUCAUGAACAUGACAUUAAAAGAGACGACCAAAAUCUGCCCUCUGUGAUAGCCACCCCGGCUGUGAUUGUUCCAAGUAUCAGUAGAAUCAUCAUCAUCCAUCCGUCCGUUCCGUACAUAGUCCACAGUCUGUCUCCAAAGUCGAUCCUUUCUAUUCUAUCUACAUAAAGUAUCAGUAUCAUUCAUCGCUUAUGAUGGCCGCUUUUGAGGUCAAGGAGAUUGCCGGGAAAGGCCAGGGUCUUUUUGCGACGCGUUCCAUCGCCACGGGUCAAGUCAUUUUGCGCGAGAAGCCGCUCAUCGUUAUGCCAGAUCGGGUCUUUCAAAUGUCGGAUAUGCGAGAUCUCGAGGAUUGGUUGGAUCGUCGAAUCAAUAAGUUGUCUUCGGAUCAACGCUCGACCUUCUUGGCCUUGUCCGAUUGUAGUAAUGGUGUUAGUCACGAGGCCGAGAAGACCUACUCGGGCAUCUUCUUCACCAAUGAUAUGGAUUUCAAUGGCGAUGCGGCCUUGUUUCCCACCAUGGCCAAGGCUAAUCACGCUUGUGUGCCUAAUGCCGAUUUCGUCUCACGUCCAGGAUUGGGUGUCCAAGACCUGAUGGCAAUUCGAGACAUUCUCGCGGGAGAAGAGAUCACGCUGAGUUAUUUACCUGCCGGAAGCGAAGGCUCCGAUAUCAAGGCCGUUCGACAGGCCUACACUCGAGAGUGGUACGGAUUCCAAUGCUCCUGCCAGACUUGUUGUCUCAAGGGCGCGGCAUUGAAGUUAGACGAAAAGAUGCGCCAAAGGAUCCGAUCUGUGCAGAAACGCGAGUUCGAACACGUGUCUCUUCUUGAACUGGAAGAGCUCUUGGUCAAUCUCGAGAAGGCCAAGUCCAAGUUACCAUACCAAAUGGACAUGAACCGUUUGGUGUUUGAACGGGCUUUGGCGGAGGGGAAUUUCAAGAUUGCAGCUCGAAUUGUGGCAUUGGGUCAUAUGUACGACACCAUUGUGAAUCCGGAGGAUGCCGUCAAUUCGUGGGAUUACGCGCUCAAAUCCAUCUUUGUCCAGAUUGGUCAUCAAAUCAUUAUGUUUCCGGCAUGAAGUCGACCUCUUGGGCAAAGGAUUUGACUCGUGUCAAAAUAAUGUAUCGAUAUCAGGGAGCAAAUACUAUUUUUGCAAAUUCAACAUAUUAAUCCGGAAUUGGUCGCCAUUGGACGUCUUUUUGCAUUUUCAUAAGAACGAAUUUGAAAAGGUGUUCUUGAAGACAUAUGACAAUUGUACGGUAUGCCAUGAAUUAAUUGCAAAUAAAUGCGUGCGGGGCUUCAAGAGCCCAUCUAAAAAUGUG